AAUUUGAUAGUUAACCUACAAUACUUACAUUAUUCCUUUUACUGAACUUUUAGGUUACGAUUAUGGUGUGACGUCAUUUACAAGUCGGCAAGUAAUUCUCUUUUGCGUUAUGCAUGUGCUUGUUUGGAUCUAGUUGAGCUAUCGAAGACUAGAGACAAAGUAAGUAGGGGAAAAAUCAAGCCUAGGAAGUCGUAAACGAGGUUUUAACAGAACCAGAAAAAUGAGCUCGCAGCAGAGUCCGGCGGCCCUUCAGGCGACCAUCGACCGCGAAAAAGUUUACACUUGGAUAAUUGAGCUGUCCAAUCCAGAAACACGACAAAAUGCGUUGCUCGAGUUAAGUAAAAAACGCGAGGUCGUGCCGGAUUUGGCACCUAUGCUCUGGCACUCCUUCGGCACCGUUUCUUCCCUACUUCAGGAAAUAAUUAAUAUUUAUCCAGCUAUCAAUCCGGCAACUCUUACAGCUCAUCAAAGCAAUCGAGUCUGUAAUGCUUUGGCAUUGCUUCAGUGUUUCGCUAGUCAUCCCGAAACUAGAUCUGCUUUUCUCCAAGCACAUAUUCCUUUGUUCCUGUACCCGUUUCUUCAUACUGUAAAUAAAACGAGACCGUUCGAAUAUCUUCGAUUAACAAGCUUAGGAGUAAUUGGAGCAUUAGUAAAGACGGAUGAACAAGAAGUUGUUACAUUUCUCUUAACAACCGAGAUCAUUCCAUUAUGCUUGCGAAUAAUGGAAAGUGGUUCAGAGCUAAGUAAAACAGUGGCUACUUUUAUACUUCAAAAAAUCUUACUCGAUGAUAGUGGCUUAUCAUAUAUAUGUCAGACAUAUGAUAGAUUCAGUCACGUGGCAAUGAUACUUGGUAAAAUGGUACUCUCUUUAGCUAAAGAUCCGUCAGCUCGUCUCUUGAAACAUGUUGUCAGAUGUUAUUUAAGGUUAUCCGAUAAUCCUCGAGCUCUAUUAGCAUUGAGACAAUGCUUACCGGAUCAAUUGAGGGACAAUACUUUUGCUACUUGUCUACAGGAAGAUAUAUCGACUGAACACUGGCUUAAUCAGUUACUGAAAAAUUUGGAAGCAGGUCCACAACAAGUUCCACAGACUCAACCAGGUCAGCAAGAUCCAAGAACAAUUGGAAUGUCUCCUUUGACAUCUUAAUUUUGUAAAAUGUAUAAAAUACCUGAUAUAUUCUAUUGUUAGAGAAUGAAAUCUAAUAAUAUCAAGUAGCAUAAAUGCAAAGUGUAUAUAUCCUUUGUCAUGGAGUAUGACAAUAAGAGAUUUCUUUUUAUAUUUGUUUUGUGAUAUUGUUAUUAUAAUGUCGACUUUAUAUAGAAAUUGGUCGAUUGUAUAUUUCAUAAAUUUUGUUUACUCCAUGACUUUCUCUAUUAGUAUUAUAGAUUUAAGUCUAUCGUAAGGCUUAUAAUA